GAUUUUGUGGACCUGUAUUUUUCUGCUCACUCUCUGACUCCACUUCAUAGGACAGUUAACCCGUCAAGUUUUAACUGCUACCACGGCAGGAUGGGGGGUUCUUCGUCUACUGAGCAGACCCCACCCUCUCCCACUCUGGUUGAACAAUGGAGGACAGUUUCCUGGGGAAAUAACCAGGAGGAUCUUCAAUAUGUACGGCGAUACAAGCCUGAAAACAGUGGCAUCAAACACCUCCGAGUUCUGCUGUACGGGCCAGUUGGAGCUGGAAAGUCCACCUUCAUCAACUCUGUCAAGAGCAUCCUGCAAGGCAGACCUGCAAUUCCUGCUGCAGCCAGUGCAAUUACCGCUACGAGAAGUUUCACCAAAAAGUAUCAAACUCAUAAAAUAAAAGAAGGAAGAGGAAGCUCAGCUACAGUUUACCCUGUGGUCUUCAAUGACAUCAUGGGUCUCGAGGAAGGGACUAACUGUGGUGUUCAUCCUGAAGACAUCAAACUGGCCAUGAUGGGACAUGUGAAGGAGGGUCACCUGUUCAAUCCACUAGCUCCACUGACAGAAAAGGAUCCCGACUACAACCAGACCCCUUCUGCAGAUGAUAAAAUUCAUGUUCUGGUCUGUCUGCUUUCUGCCAACGCAUCAGAAAUUAAGGAAUCUGUACUGGACAAGAUGAACAACGUCAGAGAGAUGGCCAAUGACCUGGGGAUUCCUCACAUAAUGAUCAUCACCAAAGUCGAUGAGGCCUGUCCUGAAACUGAAAAGAACCUGAGGAACGUGUAUAAGAGCAACUAUCUGAAGAGGAAGAUGAAAGAGUUCAGCUCUAAGGUGGGAAUCACGGUGAACUGCAUCUUUCCUGUCAAGAACUACAGCCAUGAAAUUCACCUGAACGAGGAUGUUGACACACUGAUUCUGAGCGUGCUUAAACAGAUAAUUGACUUUGGAGAUGAUUUCAUUGAGCAACUGUGAAUCUUUACGUUUGGAACCAGGCAUGUAUCCAGGUGAAGGAGAAAGAUGAGAAACACCAUGAAGUUGUCAUAAAUCCCAAGUCAAACCUUCACUGCA